AUGCCACUCUACAUACGGUCCUCUCGUUCCUUGUGUCCUUUGCAGCUUUACCAUUGGCAGCUACGGCACCGAUCCCGCUGUCGCCUGGGCCAGUCAAUUCUGAAUCUAGGACAAGCCGGUGUCGAGAUCAGCGGCGUCAGGUUCUAUGAUCCCCUUGAUUCUAGUAACUUCAAGGCACCCCUACAUUGCGAAUGUCGUUGGGAUGAUCAGGGGCCGCAUGCGGCGGAAAGCGUGCACAUCGGCGUGCUUGGCCAAGCUCCGGUCAACCAUCUACACGGCUUCCCAUUGCAAGAGCCCUGCUGGUCUCUGUUGGGCCAGACCUCUUGUCCUCAAACAGUAUCGGUAGAUCGUUUUUUUGACCUUCACAAAUCACUGACUUUCCCACAUGAAGAUAUCUUUUGGAAUUGGGAUCUGAAUUCUGGUUUUCAUGAUGGCGGUUUUAUUAGUGCAAACCACGAAGACCACUAUCCCUGGGAGGGCAAUUUCGAAUAUCUUGCUAGAGAUUCCAAACUAUCGCACACCGCUAGUAAAGAUCCCUAUAGCGUUUCGGAGAUCAAGAAGCUUCUUACCCAGAAGACAAGGCCUCCGAAAUGGGAUAGCAGACCAAUUCCAUACCGCAAGCCCACUACAAACGAUUGCUUUACCCUUCUUCCUGAGACGCUGUGCCUCGCCAUUGCGUCCUUGUUGCCGACGGUAGAUGUCUUCAGGGCUCGCCGAGCCUCUCGAGGCUUUAUUUCGGCAUACUACAACAACCGUUUCUGGAGGUCUAGAAUUUCGGCAACCGGCGAACGCUUUUGGCUCUUUGAGUCGCAGAAAUGGGAUCACAGUUUGAACUGGCUGAGUAUAUAUCGUCGUACAAAUAGAGCACAGUGUAGCCCAGGCCUGCGAAAUAGGGCAAGAAUUAUGAAUCUAAACCAGCAGGUCUUGGAAGUUCUAUCAUCAAAAUGGAACGAGGCACCAAGUUUACCUCCAUCAAGUUUACCUCCACCGUACCAGGGGGCUGCGAAAUGGCUCGAGGCCAGUGCCAACCAGAACGAAAGCCUUCUCAUGGCCGGGUUCGCCAAAUGCUGUCGCCAAGUCCGCGAAGUAGAAGCAGGAUUGCCAGUUGCGCCUUAUCAGUUGGCAAUCUCUACUACACGGCUUGAAGAUGUCCGCUAUAUAGCUGGCAUCCGAAUACUACGUCGAGGGUCGGAGAUGCGUGUCUGA